GCGCGUCCCCGCGAUGAGCCUCGUCUCGCGGCCUGCCCCUGCCGGCUGCCGCUCCGCGCGGGCCUCACGGCGUGACCCGGGCCUCGUGGCGUGGCGGGCCCCCGCGGCGCGACGCGGGCCCUGAGCGGGAGCGGCGGUCCCUCCCGCGGCCCCAGGCCUCGCCCGCCAGCGCUCCUCGAUGUCUCCCCGGCGGGGAGGACGCUGCCUGCGACACCCGCCGAGCGGCGCCCCCCGGAGCGCCCCGCUGCCGCCCCGCGGGGACGAUGAGGGCGGAGGGCGCCGACCACUCGAUGAUCAACCUGUCGGUGCAGCAGGUCCUGAGCCUCUGGGCCCAUGGCACGGUGCUGAGGAACCUCACGGAGAUGUGGUACUGGAUCUUCCUCUGGGCUCUGUUCUCCUCUCUGUUUGUCCACGGUGCUGCAGGCGUGCUCAUGUUUGUGAUGCUGCAGAGGCACAGGCAGGGGAGAGUGAUCUCCAUCAUUGCUGUCAGCAUCGGGUUUCUGGCUUCUGUAACUGGAGCAAUGAUUACUAGUGCAGCAGUGGCCGGCAUCUACAGAGUGGCUGGGAAGAACAUGGCCCCCCUGGAAGCCCUGGUGUGGGGCGUGGGGCAGACUGUGCUGACACUUAUCAUCUCCUUUUCAAGGAUCCUCGCCACACUUUGAGUUCUGAGGGGAUGUCUUCUUCACUAAGGAAAUGGGUGAACAGAGUUCCCGGAAAUGUGUUGUUAACCAGCUGAGAUGAAGUGGUACAAGCAGGGACCCAGCAAGAAAAACCUAGGGAAGACCUUGAGCCGUGUGGAAAGCCUGCCCUCUGGCGUCCAAACGAUUGCACUACCGCACUGCACCUUAUGUGCCUCCAUUCCAGGCAAGGUGCACAGACACUCCGUGAAGCUGCAAGAGGAAGCACCUUGUUCAGCUGCCAAUCAGGUUAACAUUGGUGUUGACGUCAUCGUUCUCAACAGUGUUGUGUUAAGUUACAGGAAUGUUUUGAGAAAUUGAUCUAUGUGCCAAACUUUCCUUUCUGUUAACAUUGAUCAUGUGAUAGUUUGCAAGUGUAGACGUAGGUGAGUGCUGUGAGUAUCCUUGACAUGGAUUCAGGUAAGGUAGUCAGGCUUAGCUUUGUCAUGUUAAUCCUAUGAGUGUUGGGUAGUGGGCUUUCAAUACCAAGGACGGUGUUUGUUAAGCUGAGUGUUUCUGGGACUUGGGGCUUUAAUAUGUCUCUGUGUUGUUAUUUAAUUCAUGUGAAAAGCACUAGUCUCCUCAGUGGAGGACGAGCUGAGCUGUUCUGUGGACUCAGACUUGUAGGGUGCAUACUUUUCUGUAACCUACACCUUUCAUAGUUUCCCUCAUAUAUCAUAUUCUAUUUAUAUGGAUCAAACCUUUUGAGUCAGACACAUUGUCACUUGUGUGUCAUAAAAAUAUAAUUUACAUUUUUCUUAUAAAUUUUGUAAGAAAAAUUCUAAAAUGCAUGUUGCAUUCUUCAACCCUUCUAAAUGUUUUUGUCUCCAUCUCACAGAACAUUGUAGUUCACUGCAGUGGGAUUGUGUGCACUGUGUACGUGUCUUGGACGGCUAACUGUUUAGAGAGUGGCCUAAAUUAGGCCCUGGGAUUAAGAACGCUUCAUUUAUAGAAAAACAAUAAGUACCUUACAUAGGAAGAGCAGUAAACUGUCUCCCUCUGUGUAUGGCAGAGUGACAAUUACACUUGGGAAGGCAGGGGGACUGAGUGGAUCGCUUUCACGUUGGCGGGUAGUCUGAGUAUUCAAGACAGUGCAGAGCCUUUAUCUAAGGGGAUGUUAGUGGUGUGCUUGACGUUUGUGUUUCUAAGUUAUUACCUGAGUCGAAUAGAGUCUCAGGUCACAUUCAUUAACAGUGGAAAUGUACUUUGUUUAUAAAACCUUUUGAGAGGUUUAGAAAAACACACAGUUGUUUAUUACAAAUAUAGGAAGUUGGGAAAGUACAGACCCUGGUUGAACUAAGUGUGUGUGUGUGUGUGUGUGUGUGUGUGUGUUAACCAGUUGUAAUUACAAAUGUGCUAACUUAAGGGAAGAUCCAUUGUAGAAAUUAUGAAUUUAUAGGUAAUCUAAAAAAUAGCAUAGCACCUUGAGCUCCUUAACUUAGUUUGUUUGAAGACAUUUAUUAUCCAUGCCCCUUUUCUCUAACAAAGAAUGCAUUAUCAGUUUUUGGAGGAGCUGCUUUUGCCAGUGCAUCAGCCAACUUAGACUUAUUAAUAACGUGGCUUGGAAAUUUAACAAUCCAAAAAUCAACCAAUAAGCAAAGCUGUAUCCUUAGAGAUGUCAGAGAACAAGUCUGAAAUUGAUUGCUUCUGCUAUGCCCAGGCCUGCUGCUCUUCCCAUGCAUUCUUUGUAUUCUUGCUGUUUUUCUAAGCAUAAACGUGAGCAUCUUUUCCAGAUAACCCCAGUUCUCUCUCCUGUUUGGCUGGCUUUGCUCUUGUUAGAACUCAGAACUUUGUGUGCCAGCAUGAGACUUAACUGUCACUGACAUUGACUUGUGUGCAGAACAAAUAUUUAUGUUAAUUAACAUGGUUAUUUUAUGACCUAAGAAAGUUAUCAUGUCAUAGUAAUACGGAGCCCAUUGUUCAAAUCUAAAACUAAAAAUUACCUUGACACAUUGAAUAUGUGAAUGAAUGGACCAAAGAGAAGUGAGCUUGUUUUGUGCUCUAGGGUGAAAGUCUAAGGGGGUUAGUUACCACUUCAUCCACGAUCAUCUCAUUGUCAAGCUAAUUUGCAUUAAGAAUUGUGUUUGUGUGUGCACUUUUAAUUUGAUGGGCAUUUUUAGUUUCUUCAGUUAUUUCCAUUGGUAUUUUAUGUAACUAUCACUCUUGGUAUUUUGAAAUGCAGUUGAGUAGUGUGGAUUUAUGAAACUGUCUAUAUAUCUAUUUAUAUGGUAAAGUUUUCAAGAAGCUGUUUCUUAUAGAGACAAAGUGUUUAAUGAAAUAUAUAUAUACAUAAGUAUAUCAUUAUAUAUACAUAUAUAGAUAACUAUAUAUGAAUACAGUCCAAUUGGAGAGCUUUGUUUGAUGAACAUUUUCCUGUUCUUCUGGAGAAGUUGAUACAUUUGUUUGGUUAAAUGAUCUUUGAAAUAGACUGGAGGGUAUUUAAGGUUUUGCUGGAGACCCUUGUUUUGGAUCUGACAAAAGCCCUCACUGACAUAGUCAGUUCCAUUUUCUUAAAAGCUCAGCCGUGGAUUAGCAGUACAUUUUCUUCCUUAGCACCACGAUCUCGUGUGACUAAGAGUGCAGCCUGAUAACGAUGCAGUUCCAUUGGCUUCUCAGGAGACGUGGUUAACUCAAAUCCUCAUGUGUGUCAGCCAGUGUUAAAGUCUUACCCAGGAUUCUUUCUUAGUAUUUGCAACAAAGAGUUCCAUGGCUCCUUUUCUAAGCCUUCAGGGGAAUUGUGUGUGUGUGUGUGUGUGUGUGUGUGUGUGUGUGUGUGUGUGUGUGUGUGUGAAAGAAGGGAAAUAAGGUGUGUUGUGAAGAGCAGGGAUAAUUAAGAUCUGAGGAUGCUAUAGGAGAAGUGCCUCCAGGACCUUCCAUUCACAGCGUGGAAGGCUGAGUGGCCCCUUGGAGCUGCCUAGGCUGGUACUCACUACCUGGCUCAGUUUGCUGAGUUCUGUUGUGUAGAUCUCCUGUGUACAAGGAUGGCUGAAAUAGGAUUUCCUCAGAUUCUACCAGGAACUGGACAAACAGUUUCAAACUCUAAAAAGGUUGGGGUAGUACCUUCCUGCUACCUGAGACUCAUCCUUUCUCCCUCCCAGGACCUCAGUUUCUGUUUCCAUCUCAUCCUCUGAGUUGGACAUUUCAGAGUCUUAGAUGUUGCUCUGAAAUAGUGGACAAGGACCAGACUCUAAGCCAAUGUGAUAGACUGGAGUCCAUGCUUGCUCUGUCACGUGGUUUACUUUGGUCUGAGCAUCAUUUAACCACUCUCAGCUUUAGGUCUCACUUUGAAUUGAUUAAUACCUGUGGGUAAACAGUAUAUCUAACAGUAAGUCAGUAGAAUUCUAAAGUUAUAUUUUGCCAUAACCAUUGGGAUGGAGUUUUAUGAAAUUCACCUUCAUCCAUUUCUAAUUUUUUUCUGUAUGUUGUAAGAAAAAAGACUUUCAUAUCAUUUUACUUUCAUUACCUCCUCUUUGCCCCUUAAAGUCAACAGAUAACUUUUCUAAGGAGACUUUGGGGAGUUGAUAGUGGUGGGUGUGAUGGGUAAAUAGGACUAUAUUACAGGUUCUGGUCACCUCUGGUUAAUGUAGAGAGAAUGGAUGUGGCCAGCGUUUCCUCCACUGCCAUUGCCUACUUGCUCUUUUUGGUUUGCCUCGGAACAUCCUUUGACUGGGUCCCAUAUACAAAGUACUGCCCUCGUAUUGGCUCCCGCCCCUCCUGGUCAUCUGUCACUGUGAUGUAAAGAAUAUGGAAACAUUACUGAGGAAUUUCUAAUGAUGGCUUUAGAUUACAGAGAAGUGUGGUAACAUAGCUUGAGUAUGACUGGGUAGUUACUGUAUCUUUUUAAAACUAGGGGCUGUAUUCUCAGUGGUUAGACUUGACAGUCAGCCAGUAGUCUCCUAGUUAUCCAUAAUUUCUCAUCCUUUGAAACUGUUCAGGAUAUAAAGGGCAUUAUUCAAUUUUAAAAUGUAAUGUUUCUUAAAUGUGCAAUACCAUUUGUAACAGAGGGAAAUUCAAAGUGAGGGAUGUUACACAGGCUAAUACAAAAGAAGAGCAUAGGAAAAUUCCCCUGUGUUGUAUAAGCAUGGUUCCUCCAUCCUCUUAAGACCUUAAUCACCAUGGAGAGAAGUUUGCUCAUGCCUUGCUCCGGUGAGUGUGGGCUCUACAAAACACAGGUGCUCACGGCACAUUUUGUAGGGGAUUAGUCCUCCCUUGAGGACCCCUGUGUUCUGUAGGUGAUCCCGUGUGAUGGCUUAGUUUCUGAAUUUGCCUAUCUUAGAAUAUAGCUGGAAUCUGUUUGGGAGAAAUUAAUGUUUCCUAUGUGAAAUGUUUUCAGGAAGCAGCACACUGCACUGGCUACAUCUUUCUGAGAGCAAUGGCAGCACAUACCUUUCUGAGCAUGCUGAGCUGUGAUGCAGAAUCAUCUCUUAAUUUAGAUUGACUUUCACAUUCUUUACCUACAUGUGUGGCACAUGUGUUGAACAUACAUAAUGGCCUUUUUGGUUUUGAAAACUAAUAUAUUGAACAGUUUCUCUAACAGUCUCUCUCCUUUCCAAAGUCAUACAUCCUAACUUAGAUGUGUGCAGUUCUUGGCAGAAGUUGAAGUGCUGGUGCCCAUGUUUAUGCUCUGGUUAGCUCAUUGAAAGGGAUGUAUUAAAGGCACAGGGGUGGGGGCGGGGGUAGGCAGAGAGUCCAUGUGAUGCUCCUGUUUUCCUUUGAAUGAUAUCCUGCUGUGUCUAGGCUCUGUGAUACAGCCUUUCCCUUUUGGGGAAUGCCUAGGUCCAUACUCUGAUGCUGAUCAUCUGGACCCCAUGAGCAGAGUACUUCCCUCCUAGACGUGUACUGGGGAUUCUUUUCAGGAUGCUAACUUGUUCAGAGGCUUGUCUAAGUGAACAGUAGCUUGAGAAUGCUACUGAUGUUUAAAGGGUUUGUUUAGGGUUUUUUUUGUUUUGUUUUGUUUUGUUUUAAAGUUUUAUAUUUUUGAGAUAGAGUCUCACUCUGUCGCCCAGACUAGCUUUGAACUUGUGACUCUUCUGUCUCAGCUUGCCAGGUACCAGGAUGGCAGUGUGUACCACUGUGCAUGGCUCCUCCUUUUUAACUCAAAAGGUUUACGUUUCAUCACUGAAAGUGGUUGGGAUAGAAUAGUUUUAAAGUUUUCUUCCUAGAAAGAAAAACACUCUUGUUUGCCUCGGUUUUUUUUCAUAGUGUUUAUGAUGAUAAUAGCUGUGUUUUCCAUGGAACUCUCUUGCUCUUUCCCUGUGCACACCUUUAGUCAUGAGCUCUACCUGUUUAUGAACAAGCAGGACGUUCCCCUCAGCUCAUUGUAGCCAUAUGAUCUGGCAGAAUGCUCACCCGCGGUUCUAGCCCAAGUAUUAGCCCUGCCUUAAGAUGUCCCAGGAUGAAGAAGCAGCUUUAGUUAUAUGAUAACAUGGCUUUGUUUAAAUAGCACAAGUAUAGCUGCUCUAGCAGAUACUAAGAAACUAACUUUGCCAGCCCACUGAUGAACCAUUUAGCUAAACCACAGUAUAAUUUUUUAAAAAGCUAAAUGAUAUCUCAGUGCCUUGAAAGUUAAGAACCUUUUGUAAAGUGGACUUAGGGAGGACUGGGGUUUGGCCAAUGAGCUGACUUUGUGCACACCACCUGCAGAGAGGUCCCAGAGAUUACAGUGGGCCACUGAGACAAAUCCAGCUACGUACUUUUUACGGUUCCGGUUCCGUAGACAUUAGCCACUGACUAUGACAGACCACAACUGUUUUUACAGUCCUUCACCACAAGGGGGUAUUUUCCUUUCCUUCUUUCCCUUUCUCUCUUUUUUUCCAAGUAAGUAUGAAAUUAGAAAAACGUAGACAAACAAAUGUGGGAUUUUAAAGUUGAGUUUUAGGUAAACUAGAGAUUCCUGUGUGGACAGUGUUAGUUUAAUAUUGUAGUUACAAAGGCAGACACUUUAUGUAACCUUUAGAAAUAUGUUUACCAUCAGGGAUUUACUUUUACAAUAGAAACAUUAAAUGUACUGUGAAGCUUAAAGACAGGAAGACUACAUGUUGGAGGGUGAUACUCAGACAAAAGUGUGUUUGAUGAAGUACCCACGUUAUGUGAACAUGACUUCCCCUUCUGUUAAGACUAUAAACUACACUGUAUGAGUGUGUGUGUUGCAUGUUUACAUAAAACAAUUUCAUUCUGAAGGAUUAUUUCAACUAUGUUUAUAUGUAAUACCUAACAGGUUGUAAAUAGUGUAUACUAUUGAUUUUUAAUUUUAUAUGAGCGAUUUUUUUAUUUCCCAAGUCAUGUACAAAUCUCAUUGUGUAUAUAGCAUAACUCCCUGGAGACACAAAUUUUGCAGUGAAUUUUAAGUAUUUUAAUCGCAUCAGGUUAGCCUCAGAGAUGCUGGUCCUUAUUUUAAAUUAUUUUUCACCACACAUUUUCUUCAAAGGGCAGCAAUAAACAUAUGCAAGUUAUUUUGAUUCUUGAAAGUUGGUCUCAGAAGAUAAGAGUGCAGUUCAAUUCACAGCUGUAAAGAAAAGAUGCACACCUUAGACCAUCCGCGUUUGGUCCCAGGACAACUUCUGAGACCCAUCUGCACAUGGCUCUCCUCUUUGUAAUAUACAGGGUGAACUGCUGAAAACACACAGAACAUCUGUUAAAGUGAAUCCAGCACUUCAAUGUCAUUACACAGAAUUUAUUGGAUUAAAGUUUGUAAUAUGCAGUAUUUUAAUAAAGUUUCUGUAUUCAAUUUCAUGCACUUAUAUAUAUGUAUAUAUAAAUAAACCUGUCUUUAAAAACUCU